CUGGCAGUCAAGACACAGACCUUUUGCAGAGUUUUCAUCGCUCAAAAUCAAAAUGAAGCUCUUUCUUUUACUUUUGCUUUGGCCAGCCUUAGUGAGCAGCGCUCUAACCUUAAGCGAGUGUGGAGCUGAAGCCAGGAGACCAAAGCUGGAUGACAUUGCAGUGGAGUGUGGAACUGCGUCCAUAAAUCUGGCCAUCCAGAUGUGUCCAGUCAUCUACACCGGCUACAAUGAGUCCGAGCUGGUCAUGAACCACAUUGUGAACUCGGCCUGCAGGGCUACUCUGGACACCACUGUCUUCCCUCCUGUGGCCCGCUUCAGCUUCCCCCUCAACGCCACCAAUGCCUGUGGGAGUACCUUCAGGUACACCAGUGCCCCUGGGACUGGGGUCUUUGCCGAUUUCUCCAACAUCCAGAAUGUCAACAUCAGUGGCAUCAUCCGAGGAGUGGACCCCACCACAGGCACCAUCACUUACAACGCAGAGCUGAAGUAUUACUACUCCUGUGCCUACCCCUUAGAGUACCUCGUCAACAACACUAAGAUUGAUGUUUCAGGGUCUUCGGUUUCCAUCACAGACAGAAAUGGCACCUUCUUGAGCACCUUGAGCUUGAGUCUGUACAGUGACUCUUCUUAUACCACACUCUUUAACAUCCCAAAUUCAGGCAUUGAACUGCGGAAAAACAUCUUUGCUGAAGUUAAAGCUACAAAUUUGACCGCCCAGUACUUUGUCCUACUUGACCGCUGCUAUGCCUCCAUCUCAGCGCUGCCAGCAAAUUCCAGCUUUUUCAACCUGUUUGUGCCCUGCUCCAAAGAUAAAUCCACCACAAUAGUUGCCAAUGGUGUUAGUCAAACGGCUAGAUUCUACUUCCCGGCAUUCCGUUUUGUUGAACAACAAAAUCAAAAUGUGUCCACCUACUAUCUCCACUGUAUCACGCGGUUGUGUGAGCAGAGCACUUGUGACAGCUUCAAGCAAUGCAGCAGUACCUCGGGCAGGAGGAGAAGAGAAAUAAAAGAAUUAGAUCCUAAUAGUGUCUACACUCUCACCUCUCCAGAAAUCAUCACCAAGCCCUCCUCCCCUGUCUACAGCGCACAAACUGAGGAUACCAACGAAGGUCAAAGAUCAUCUGUGGGUCUCGGCGUGGCUGUUGGCAUCCUGGCAUGCAUUUGUGCCAUCGGUCUUAUUGUAGGUGCUGUGUUUUACAAAAAGCUUAGAAACUGAGAAGGCUUCUUAUAUUUGGGACACUUCCUAGAGAAUUCUGACUGCUUUUUCAAGUUUUUGGUGGUGGAUUGACCCCAAGAUGCUAAAGAAUGUUCUACUAUAUUUUUAAAUGUAGCAUUGUAUGUGAUAAGCUUGCAAUAGUGUAUGCACCAUUUUAUGAUUAGGUAGAUGUGGUAGUGUCUAAAAUUCAAUCAAUGGAUAAAGAAAGCUAUAAGUGUUAUUGCAUGUCUGCACUUUAUAAGCUUUUAGGGGCAGGAGACAACAAGAAAAUGGCAAUGAUUUCAGAAAUGAUCACCGUUGAUUGUUCAAGCUUGGAUGUGUUGUGAAAGUGAAGUUAAAGUACUUUUUAAAGUAUUAUGUAUAACUUAUUGAA